CAGAUUUGUCGGUGGUUAGUGUUCCGUACACGCUCUCGCGACAUUCAAGGCUGGUGAGUGCUGCAUAGGGUGGCAAGAUGGCUCUCUACAACUUUAAGAAGAUUAUGGUGGUGCCCACCGCAAAGGACUUCAUAGACAUCACAUUAUCGAAGACCCAAAGGAAGACCCCCACGGUUGUUCAUAAGCAUUACCAGAUCCACCGAAUCAGGCAUUUUUAUAUGAGGAAGGUGAAAUUCACGCAGCAGAGCUACCAUGACAGACUCACCCAGAUCCUAACUGAUUUUCCAAAACUGGAUGACAUUCAUCCUUUCUACGCAGAUCUUAUGAAUGUUCUGUAUGACAAAGAUCAUUACAAGCUGGCUUUGGGACAGAUCAACAUCGCAAAGAACCUCAUCAACAAUGUUGCCAAGGACUAUGUUCGGCUGAUGAAGUACGGAGAUUCUCUUUACCGCUGCAAGCAGUUGAAGCGUGCAGCUUUGGGGCGUAUGUGCACCAUUGUCAAGCGACAGAAGCAAAGCUUGGAAUACUUGGAGCAAGUACGUCAGCAUCUUUCCCGUUUGCCAACCAUUGAUCCCAACACCAGAACUCUUCUGCUUUGUGGGUACCCCAAUGUUGGAAAGUCUAGCUUCAUAAACAAGGUGACCAGAGCUGAUGUUGAAGUGCAGCCCUAUGCCUUCACCACAAAGUCUCUCUUUGUGGGACACAUGGAUUACAAGUACCUUCGCUGGCAGGUAGUGGAUACUCCUGGUAUUUUGGACCACCCUCUGGAAGAGAGGAACACCAUUGAGAUGCAGGCUAUCACGGCGCUGGCCCACCUGCGCUCUGCCAUCCUCUACGUGAUGGAUGUGUCUGAGCAGUGCGGGCACGCUCUGGAGCAGCAGCUGGAGCUCUUCCACAGCAUCAGACCCUUGUUUGCUAAUAAGCCAUUGAUUGUUGUGGCUAAUAAAUGUGAUGUGAAGAAGAUAGACGAUCUCUCUGAAGAAGACCAGAAAAUCUUUGCAGGUUUUGAGGAGGAGGGAAUUCCAGUCAUAGAAACUAGCACCCUGACAGAGGAGGGAGUCAUUCAAGUGAAAACACAGGCUUGUGAUAAAUUGCUGGCUCACCGGGUUGACAGUAAGAUGAGAGGAAAGAAGGUGCAUGAUGUACUGAACAGAUUACAUUUAGCUGUUCCUUCUAAGAGAGAUGAGAAGGUGCGACCUCCUUUCAUUCCAGAGGGGGCUUUGGCGCGCAGGAAAGCAAUGGAAAUUGAUGCACCAAAACGCAAGUUGGAGAGAGAUCUGGAGGUGGAGCUUGGUGAUGAUUACACCCUGGACCUCCAGAAAUACUGGGACUUGCUGAAUGAGAAUGAGAAGCAUGAUAAGAUCCCAGAGAUAUGGGAGGGUCACAAUAUAGCUGAUUAUAUUGAUCCUGAAAUCAUGAAGAAACUUGAAGAUCUGGAGCAGGAAGAGGAGUUGAAAGAGAAAGCUGGAGAAUACGACUCGGAUGAUGAAAGUGAAGACGAGGAGAUGCAGGAGAUCCGGCAGCUGGCCAGCCAGAUCAGAGAGAGAAAGAAACUGAAAAUCAUUGCAUCCAAAGAGAAGGACGUACAUGGACCAAGAAUGCCCAGGACUGUAAAGAAGGUUGAAAGAAAGACUCUUGAAAGAGAGAUGAGUAGCCUUGGUAUUGACAUGAGUGAUAAAGAUGACGCCCACUAUGCUGUCCAGGCCGGCAGAUCCAGAAGUCUCACCAGGAAGCGCAAACGUGAAGCCUCAGAGCCACCAACAUCCAGAACUCGCAGCCAGAGCGCCUCCCGCCCUCCACGGGACGUCUCCGGGAUUCGGGAUGCUAAGAUGUUGAAAAAGGUUAAGAGGAUGAUGAAGAACUCCCAGAGAGACAUGAAUCGUAUGGGCAAGAAAGGAGAGGCUGACAGACACGUGUUUGAUCUCAAACCCAAACAUCUGUUCGCAGGCAAGAGAAAGUCAGGCACCAACGACAGAAGAUAAAAGUGAUAUUUCAGUCUUUGAUACAAACUGAAUUUACUUCACCGUGCUUGGUAUAUUGUCUUCUAGAGAAAAUGCAUAAUUCAAUGGACAGAUUCAAACUCUGCCUUAUAUAUUUGUUUGAGGGACAGGAAUGCUGUAAGCCUGCGUUAUCCUCUUCCUGAUGUGUUUAAUUCGGUAAUGCAAUGCUGCUCCAGUUUGGGUUUGAAAAGUAACAUUGAGGAUGCACACAAGUCCAGCAUGAAGUGUGAUGGAUGUACAUAUCGGAUUAGAACUGAAUAUUUUACUGGUUUUGUAAACCCUUGGUGCACUAUUUGCUCUGUAGGUGUCUGCAGUGUUCAUUAAAAUGCUGCAUUUGGUGUUAUUUCCUAAAUACAGGAAGCUCUUUGUAUUUAACCAGUCAAAUAGUGCUUCAACAUCAGGGUUGGAUAAGUCUCUUAUUACAUAGCAGUUUCACCCAUUCCAGGUUUUAAUACAAACUUGAUAGUAUAUACUGUAGGUAUCAAGCUCAGGUGUCUUAUUAGAUGCACAGUAAAACCGGGAAUGGAUCAAACUGCUAUGCAAUGGGAGUCCAUGAUCAGCAUCAAUACUUCCUACCCGUCUACAAAAGGGCCUUGUUGGAAUGUCUUGAGUAGAAACUGGUUUUUAACGAGUAACAUGUUACCUUUUUUUAUGCCAUGUUCCAAAAUAGUUGGAUAUUGUAUCCAUGCCCUUCAACAUUUAUAUCACAGACUCCGAUUGCCACUAAUGAUGGACUUGCUUACCAAGUCGAAGAUUAGUGCUCAUCAAGAUUAGGUAUCUAUUUAUCAUACGUUCUGAGGAAAGAAACUGACUGGAAAGAGCUGCAGCUGUAUUUCUUGUAGAACAGUUCACAGUGCCAGGGAUACACCUGGAUUGUAAAUGUGGAGUGCUAAUUCCAGGAUAAGCACGGGUGGACAGUUGAUUCAAUCCUUGGUGAAUUCAUAGUGCUGUACAAGACUCUUAAAGAAAACAAACUUGCUUAUCCCGGACAGGAAAUUAAGUAGACAGAUGUUUGGGGGUAAUUCCUGCAUACUUGGGGGAAUUUGCUUAUGCCAGGUUGUUUAACAUGUUCCAUGUCAAUUUGAAAUACAUACACUUUAAAUGUAUGUAUAGUAUUUGUUAGUUAUUGUACUGUAUAAUUUGUAUGCUUCUACAUUUUUGGUCAGGCAUUGGGUAUGGUGAAAUGUAAACUUCAAGUGAAGUUAAACCAUGUCUCUAUUAAAAAUAUCUCUUCUCCAUGA